AUGCUUGCUUUGAUGAACACACCAGCAACGACCCGUAGCCGCUUCAUGGCGAUGCAUGGUCCCUGCAUGCAAGUGGCGGUGCGAUCCAUAUCGCAGUACCAUUUUGAUACCUUUAAGUUUGUGGAGCGAUUAGAAAAUGAAGGAUUUACCAGAGAACAAAGUGAAGCGAUUAUGGCUUCUCUACGUGAAGUCAUUUCCGAAAGUAUGACAGGAUUGACCAAGAGCAUGGUGUCGAAAGCCGAGCAAGAAAAGACUGUAUACACGUACAAGGUCGAUUUUGCUCAGUUAAAGUCCGAGAUUCAGUUGCUGGAAAAGAAUGACUUUGUCAUGAUGAAGGCGGAAAACGAGCGAUUACAGGGCGAGCUUGAAAAGUUGAGACAAAAACUGCGCGAAGAGAUCACGCGCACGCAGGCCAAUGUGCGAUUGGAUCUGAAUCUGGAGAAAGGCCGCAUUCGAGACGAAGCCAGUGCCCAAGAGAUCAAGGUCAAAGAAACGGAUACCCGCAUUGAAAGUGAAAUUGCUGGAUUGCGCACGCAAAUGGAAGCCAUCAAAUUCCAGAUAUUGCAGUAUAUGAUCGGUACCAUGACUGGUGCCGGUGCUCUCUUCCUCGCCUACCUCCGCAUGCUUCGAUAA